AUCCCCAAGUAACCAACUCGGGAAUGCAAUUGAGAUAUUGCAGACGUCCCCCGCCGUACGAGCGUAUAUGCAAUCUCCCGUAUCCUCACGAAUGGAUGGAUAUAUCUUCCGGCACAAGCUGCAGCCUUGAUUCACGAUGGAAUUAGCCUGCAUAGGUGAACAGAUCAAGAACUUCCUGCUGCUCUCUCCCAAGAAGUGCGGAGAAUUCCAUUUGCCGGAGUGGCCAAAUAAGGACUCAGUCUAUCAGACUAGCUCCGUGAAGAACGAAGACCAUCGUAAGUGAAUUCCACGUGGUAAAACACCGGCCCUGACUUCCACGAAUUCUUUGACUUCAAACACAACCAUUUUGUUGGUUCUCUGAAAUCUGGUUGAGUCAUGGUGUCAUAAGUACUUGAAUGCUCUGCAUAUAUAAGAAGCCUCCAUAUGUUCAAUUUUCACAAAAUUUCUGAGCCCCACCUUUCCAGUGCGUCUAGUGUUUGAAUCAAUUUCCGACAUGGAUGCUUCUACAUCGACUACACCAAUCAAAGCCAAAACACCCAGGAAUCAAAAUAGAGCUAAAGCAUGCAGCCAUUGCAGAAAAAGAAAGACCAAAUGCGAUGGUAAACGGCCCAUCUGCACUCAAUGUCAUGCUCGUAGCAAACCAGGUUUUGAGCUCGUAUGCGAGUAUCCAAUGGUCGGUCAAACGCGCAAACGAACUUUAGAGGAAAGCAUUUCGACUCUUGAGAGGAGGAUACGCGAGCUUGAAAGGGCUGAAUCCGAUGAAGAUGUCGUCAGGCUUUACGAUCCCUCUAAUUAUCCUUCCACACGUUCUUCGCCUUUUGGCACGAGUUCAAACUCUCCGUCUAGUAGCAGCAGUCUCCUGCUAGAUGCAUCACCAGAACCUAGUCUAUUCACCACGGCAUUUCAAGAGGAAAUUCCAAUUGCUCUGGGCCAGCAACUACUGCAAGCAUUUAUUCCACAUGCUAAAUCCUUUGGCUUUUUCUUAAACCUCCGCCGUUUUAUAUCAGAAACAACUCUUCCGUUGACCCUAGGAGACUAUUCCCGACCAUGUCCAGGUCUAAUCUGUGCAGCCUAUCUCAUAGGUCUCCAUUUGUCUGGAGCUACUGAAGACGAAGAAUCCGCAUUUCUCUCGCGGGCCCUUCUUCAUGUCAGUAACGUGCUAUCUUCUAGCCACCCCCUUCGCCUUAUCCAUGGUACCCAAGCUGAGAUCCUUCUCAGUACGUACUUUUUCCGUACGGGGAGAAUACUCGAAGGGAAAUACCAUCUUUCGGCCGCGGUGAGCUUAGCGACAUGUGCCAAUCUGCAUAAAUUACGGUCAGGUCUGAGCAUGGGACCCUUUGUACCCAGUGUGAUGUGCAUGGAUGGACAUUCGCUCCCUGAUCCGAAAGAUUUUAUUGAAGAAGGGGAAAGAAUAAAUGCCUUUUGGACGGUGUUCACGAUGUGUAAUUGUUGGGGAGUGGGGGUUGGAGGAUUUUCAAGUAUGAUGUUCGAAUCCUACGGAUCUCGCAUUGAUACGCCAUGGCCAUUGGAUAUGGAAGACUAUGAAGAGAAUCGAAUACCUGCAAAUUAUGUCGGGGCGUCGACAGUUCGCAAGUUCCUUGCUCAAACUCCUCUACAACCUCUCCGACUCUAUGGACCGUCUAAUAUGGCUUUGUUCUCCCAAGCCUCAGUGCUUUUGGAACGAGCAGCGGGCUUGGGGAGCUCAUAUACGAAUGAACUACAUUCUGAUGAGCAUAUUCGAUAUAUGAAAACAUUCACUUCUUUCGAUGCUCUUAUUGAUUCUUUCACUUCCUCACUUCCUUCAUUUUCUCAAACGUACAUCUCUUCCCCGGAUUUCGUGACCGUGUGGGCAACGCAUUUGAUAUGUCGAGCCGCAACUAUCAAGCUACAUAACGUUUUCACUGCCUCAAAUGCCUUCUCCCGUAAGAAGGUCCUCGAAUGUGCGGAGAGAUGCGUCAUGCUGGGCCGAGGAAUGGAUUUGACUAGUGUUGAAGUCAAUCCCAUCUUCGGGCUGCUUUGGAUGAUUACAGGAGAGGCUAUCAUCAACGAAAUUUCGAGACUAGACGAUCUAAAUAGACAGACGAUGUCAUUGCCAAACUGGGUAUUGGAAGAAGCGACAAUUUUAGGGAGGGUAGAGAUGGUUGCGUUACUAGAGGAGUUAUUUCUGACCAUGGAGUUAUUUGGUAACAGAUCCGGAUCCAAAAUCAUUGCGUAUCAGGUUAAUUCGCUACGAGAGCACUACCGCUCGAAUUGUAUAUGAUCAAUGCGCAGCUUCGCUGUAGAUAAUUAAAUGUACAAAUACCUAUUAUUUCA